AUGGCCACCAAAUCUGUCCUCCGCCCUCACUCUCUUCCCAGCGCCUUCGUUUCUCGCCGCGGCCUCUUCCCCAAAUCCGUCCUCUCCACCACCAUCUCCUCUGCCGCGGUCGGAAACCUGUCAUUUUCAACCAUCGCGUAUGGCCCCUCCCUCAAUAAAGGCCACUCACCCAAUAUCCUCAAACUGCGGAACCCGUCCUCACUCGAAGACACCAGUACUAACAGCAAUUUGGUGCAACUAGACGUGGACGCAUUCAAUCGGGUGUUUGACAUUUCUGCCCUCCGUGUCCCCUCUGACCUCUGCUUUAAUCUCGAAAGCCGUCUCCGUGGUCACCUCCUCAACUGGCCUCGCAUUAAGAACGUUGCCAGAGUCCCUGGCGAUGAAAUUGAUGAUCAAUUCAAAACCCUCUUUCCUAAAUCCGACGAUUACGAGGAAAGUGAUGCCUUAGUAACAUUGAAUAGGAGGAUUUAUGGGAAAGCCGAGGGGGAUGGGGAGCUGCAUACCCCGGUUUUGUACCGGGAUAAGCUUGCCAGGACGUUUAAUUCAAGAGGGUAUGUGAACUUUAGGAAUUUGGCAAAAAUUUCUAGGCCCAAAAAGAAGAAAAAAAAGGAUGGAGUGGAUAGUGAUAAUGGUCAUACAAGAGAGAAAAUAGUGGUUGGGAGGAAUGAAAUGGCACUGCUGGAGGUGGUUACAGAGGAAGAUGCCAGUGAAGGGGAGGAUAUGAGUAGUUUGUUAGGGAAGGAAUUUGCCAAAAAAUGGAGGGGGCCGACAAGGUUGCUGCUUUUGGAUGAGCGGUACUCGAAUAUCAGGACUAGGGAAUUGCCUGAGAGUAUAAAGGCAGUUUUGGAAGAACACAGAGGGCAAAGUACCUUGUCAGCGUUUGAGCUUGUAAAAUGCAAGCUGACUUUGUUUUAUAAUUACUGGCAACAGAAUGAGAUCUUAGAGGUUUUGCUUCCAAAAGGUAUGAUUAUUCCUUCAGCUUUCGAAACUGUUGGGCAUAUUGCGCAUCUGAAUCUGAGAGAUGAGCAUCUUCCAUAUAAAAAGCUUAUUGCAAAGGUAGUUUUAGACAAGAAUGAGCCAAAGAUACAAACAGUUGUCAAUAAAAUUGAUGCUAUUCAUAAUGACUACAGAACCAUGCAGCUUGAAGUUUUAGCAGGAAAUCGUUCUCUUGUUACAACAAUAGUGGAAAAUGGGUUGCGUUUCCAAGUAGAUUUAGCAGCAGUAUACUGGAAUUCAAGGCUGGCAACUGAAAGACAGAGGCUUCUGAGUUGCUUCACACGUGAUGAUGUUGUGUGUGAUGUUUUCUCUGGUGUUGGUCCAAUAGCUAUAUCCGCAGCAAAGAAAGUGAAACAUGUAUAUGCUAAUGAUUUGAAUCCUAAUGCUGUUGAAUAUCUAGAAAGAAAUUGCGUGCUCAAUAAACUUGAGAGGAAGAUUGAGGUAUUCAACAUGGAUGGGAGAAGGUUUAUUGAAACAAUUUUUGCAAGUCAGAGAGCUAAAUCUAUUACGCAAGUAGUCAUGAAUUUGCCGAAUGACGCAGCUGAGUUUCUUGAUGCAUUCCGGGGAAUAUUCAAAAGAAACCACAUAGAUAAACAAAGGGCGUUGCCUAGGAUUUAUGUUUAUGGGUUCUCAAAAGCUCAGGAUCCAGAAUUUGACUUUCACGAGCGAAUUAGAAUUGCACUGUCGGAGGUUGCUUUUGAGGUAGAAAUGCGCAGGGUUCGACUUGUAGCUCCUGGAAAAUGGAUGUUGUGUGCAUCAUUUAUCCUGCCUGAGAGAGUGGCAUAUGCAAAAACAGGUUCAAUAUUGUAA